AUGGCGGAGGAUCAGGCCGUGAGAUCUUCAUCCACCGAGAGGUCCACCGGCAGGGUCGUCAAGUUCAGCGACAAGAAGGGGUUCGGCUUCAUCAAGCCAGAUGAUGGCGGCGAAGAUCUGUUCGUCCAUCACAGCGUGAUUAAGUCCGACGGCGGAUACCGCACUCUCUCUGAGGACGAUGUUGUCGAAUUCGAAAUUGCUCUCACCGAUAAUAAGUGCCAGGCAAUCAACGUCACCGCUCCAGGCGGAGCUCCCGUUCAGCCUGCUAAAAGAGGCGGCGGAGACGGUUACGACCGGCGCGGAGCCGGAUUCGGCGCUCCUAGGAGAAACAACGCGGGCGGUGCUGGGUGCUACAACUGUGGAAACCCUAAUCACAUCGCUAGGGAGUGCAAUAAUCGCGGCGAGAAUAACAGCGGCGGAGGGAGCUGCUUCAAGUGCGGGAACGCUGGGCAUUUUGCUCGGGAAUGUACGCAGGGUGCCGUCAAUGGUCGAGGAGGAGGAGGUUCCAGUGGAUCUUGCUUUAGCUGCGGCGGGUUCGGACACUUGGCUAGGGAUUGCCCCGGUGGCGGAGGAGCCUGCUAUAACUGUGGAGGGUAUGGCCACUUGGCAAGGGAUUGCGCUAGUGGAAGGAGUGUUGGAGGCGGUGGCAGGUUUGGUUCAUCUGCUGGUUGCUUCAACUGCGGGAAGCCAGGACACCUUGCAAGGGAGUGUCCCAAUAGCUCUUGA